UCUUUCGGCAAAAACCCUAAUUUCACAUUUCUCCCCAAACUUAAACCACCCCCAUUGAAAAAUAAGAAAAUUUAGAUCUCUCUUCUUUCUUAUAAUUAUCAAUGUUUUUUAGAUUUGAAUCAAUCUGAAAUUAAGAUUGAUUUCUUCCAUGGAAGCUCUGUAUAUUUUUAGCUACUAAAAACUUGAUCUUUUCGUUUUAGCUCUUAUCUCUGAAUCUCAAGCUUAUUGCAAAACCAAAGCUUGAAUCUUUCCUGAUCACAAAGAUUCAGAAGGGAUCUAAGAUUUCUGGGCUCUACUCAUUUUGUCGGAAUCUCUAAUCUUUAUGUCCAGAUGGAGGAGAGAGAAGGAACCAACAACAACAACACCGGUUUGAAUCAAGCUUCUGAAGCUUACCCGAUGGACCCACCACGACCCGAUAACCCCAACCCGUUUUCGGCCCCACCCAUCACUUCCUCUGUAGAGAAUGCGGCUCCUCAGUUCAGCUUAACAAUGCCGGUGGAGAACGCUUCCUCUGAGCAGAAGAAGAAGAGAGGGAGACCGAGGAAGUAUAAUCCCGAUGGGACUCUUGCAGUGACUCUUUCCCCGAUGCCAAUCUCUUCAUCAGUUCCGUUGACGUCGGGGUUACCUCCGAGGAAGCGAGGAAGAGGACGUGGCAAGUCUAGUCAAUGGGUUAAGAAGCCUGAGAUGUUUCAAUUCGAUAGAAGUCCUGUUGAGACCAAUUAUGGAGGUGUGGGAGGAACUGCUGCUGAUUUUGUCGGCGCCAACUUUACACCUCAUAUGCUCACAGUUAACGCAGGGGAGGAUGUAACGAUGAAGAUAAUGACAUUCUCUCAACAGGGAUCUCGUGCUAUAUGUAUCCUUUCAGCUAACGGUAUCAUCUCCAAUGUUACCUUGCGUCAAACUACUACAUCUGGGGGUACUUUAACUUACGAGGGUCGUUUUGAGAUUCUGUCUUUGACGGGUUUGUUUAUGCAAAAUGACUCUGGAGGAACUAGAAGUAGAGCUGGUGGUAUGAGUGUUUGUCUUGUAGGACCAGACGGUCGUGUCUUUGGUGGAGGACUCGCUGGUCUCUUUCUUGCUGCUGGUCCUGUUCAGGUAAUGGUAGCGACUUUUACAGCCGCUCAGGAGCAGUCACACCUGCAGCUAGCAAAAGAAAGACGGCAAAGAUUCGGAUCUCAACCACCUUCUAUCUCCUUUAACAUCACAGCAGAAGAAAGAAAAGCGAGAUUCGAGAGGCUUAACAAUUCUGUUACUAUACCUGCACCUACUCCUUCAUAUCCUACUCAUGAAAACACAGCCAACGUGGUUCACAGUUACUACACAAACUCUGUAAACCAUGUCAAGGAUCCUUUCUCUUCCAUCCAGGGAGGAGGAGGUGGUGGAGGAGGAGGAGGAGAAGCGGAGGGCGAGGAGGAUGAGGGAGAUGAUGAUGAGUUAGAUGGAGAGGAUGAAGACUUUGGAGGUGAUAGCCAAUCUGACCACGAGAUUCCGAGCUGA